CAACAAUCACAAGCAGCGACAGCAGCGAAGAGCCACUGGAAGGACUGACUAACUCAUCCUCUCCUCUCUCCUCCUCUCCUCCUCCGCUCCGCUUUGCUUGUCAACUGGAACGGUGGCCGUGUCGACGCGGGUGCUGGUUGCGGUGGUUGUGAUGGUGAUUGGCUGCGGCCUGCUGCUUCAAGGUGUGUGUCGCUGCCUCUCGUUGGGGUCCACGUUGCUGUUGUCAUCGUCAUCGCCUCAAGCAGCGACAGCAGUCACGCAACGAUCGCCUUCCUUCCGCAUCCCAGCUCUCCUACGUGCCGCAGCCAAGAUUAUGACAGACCGGUCGCCCGUGCUUCGCUCGGCCAUUGCCACAACGUGGAAUGGCAAGGAGGUGCCCCCAGAGCAGCACGUCCACGUGGAGCUCAUCCCGCCUCUGGCAUCCGACGCCAGCCACUUCAAAGUGACCGUCGAUGCACCGUUCUAUGAUGACCCCGCCCCAGAGGCAAACGCAGGCAGCACCAUGCACCUCUGGGACUACGAGGUGGCAGAGCUCUUCUUGCUUGGCGACGAUCAGCGCUACCUCGAACUGGAGUUCGGACCACACGGGCACUACCUUGCACUGAAAUUGCACGGCCCACGCAACUUGAUUGAGCAAGAGCUUCCACUGGAAUACACCGCCAACAUCACACGCACGGAGGAUGGCAAGGCACGCUGGCAUGGCACGGCAAUCAUCCCAGCAUCAUACCUGCCACCAAACCCUUCUCAGUUUAACGCGUACGCGAUUCAUGGCGUGGAUCAGGCCCGCUCGUACAUGGCGCUCUUCCCCAGCACUGGCAGCGAGGCCGAACCCGAUUUCCAUCGACUUCAGUACUUUCAGCCAUUGCCACCAGACUUGUUCCCAUCUCCUUCACAAUCGACUGCGACGCAGUGAAUGCACGACGAGAAUUCGCUCGUCCAUCCAUCCAUCUUCAACUCCACCGCACCCAACACAGUGCUCGGUGUGCUUGCCAUUGCUCCUUGCUUCACACAGCCACUAAUAAACCGUCUCCGCA